ACCGAGACUUGCACAUUUUGUGCUUAAAAUCACACCCAAAUUUUUCAUCAAAUUGAGAAAAUGGCCGAUCAGCACUUCCAGCAGCCCCUUCAUUUCCAAGGCAGCUAUGGCCAGCAGCAACCGCGGUCUUACCAGGUGGCCAAGGCGGCCACUGCAGUCACCGCGGGUGGCUCCCUGCUAGUGCUCUCCGGGUUGGUCCUUGCUGGCACGGUCAUUGCUUUGACCAUUGCCACUCCGCUGCUCGUCAUAUUCAGUCCUGUUCUUGUCCCUGCUUUGAUCACCGUGGCGCUGAUAACGAUGGGGUUCUUGACUUCCGGUGGAUUCGGUGUGGCGGCCGUCACGGUGUUGUCGUGGAUCUACAAGUACGUCACUGGGAAACAGCCACCAGGGGCUGACCAACUGGACCAGGCUCGUCAUAAGCUGGCUGGGAAGGCGAGGGAUAUUAAGGACAGGGCUGAGCAAUUUGGCCAACAGCAUGUUCCCUCUGGUCAGCAACAGAGUUCUUAAAUACUAUCUGCAUGCACUGCCAUCAACUCCUUGUAGUUGAUCAUCAGGCGACAAUAAUAAUUGGAGUUUAUAUAGAUCAUCAGGCCCUCCCAUUGGUUGUGUGUGUGUGUGUAAUUUCGUGUGUAUUGAGUUGUUUUAGUGAAUGUGUCUCUGUCUGUCUGUUAUUUUGUUAAUUUAAUGUACGUUUAUUUCUGUGUUUUCUCUUGUAACGAGUUGAAUAUUUGGGACCUUUUUUCCUUCCAAAAAAGACCAAUAAAUUGUGUAUUUUCCA